AUGUCUUACUGCAGGCAGGAAGUAUGUCAGGAAACCGGCCAGCCUCCUGCUAUAGCCAACACAGCUUUCAAACAGAUUGCAGAAGACCAUGAGACACCCAGCAACGCUGAGCUGGUAGCGGAUGACCCCAACGAUCCAUACGAGGAACAGGGCCUCAUCCUGCCAAAUGGAGACAUCAACUGGAACUGCCCGUGUCUGGGCGGGAUGGCCAGCGGACCGUGCGGCUCUCAGUUUAAGGAGGCCUUCUCGUGCUUCCACUACAGUAAGGAAGAAGUGAAGGGUUCCGAGUGCAUCGACCAUUUCCGUAACAUGCAGGAGUGCAUGCAGAGGUACCCCGAGCUCUAUCCCCAGGAGGCCGACAAAGACGAGUCCGCCACCCCGUCUGACAGUGCUGCCUUAACAUCCGAGAGCGACUCUACUGCGGUCACCUCAGCUGUUUCGUCUGACAGCACCUCACCUACAGACGACCAGGCCGCCAGCUAGAGUUGAUUAGGUCAGUGUUAGAGACUUGUCCAAAAGGAGCUCCAAUUGGUCUCUUCUCCUCCUCAAGCCUUCAGAGAGGGACUAUUGAUACAGUUCUGACACUCACAGGAAAUCGACGGGCCAUCAGGAGAAGAAUUUCAGAGAGACGUAGAGCGUGUACACAAAUACGAGCUGCUUUAUUGGCUGAACACUUAAGAAAAAAACCUAAUUAAGUUAUCUGAUUAUUGACAGUGGGCCAAGUGAUUUGCUUCAGGGACAUCAGCCGAAAUGCUCAUUUUUAUGCAGUGCAAACAUGACUUGUUGCUUGUUCUCACGCCAGUCAGAAUUUCAGCAUUUGUAACUGUAUCCCGAGGUCAGUUGUGUAGGAGUAUAACUAAGCAUUUAUAUUAGUCCAUCUAAGAAAUCAGAGGUAGAUCUUUUGAUUUGAGUGACGCUCAGCUUUAUUUUACCUCAGACAGGUUUUUCAGCACUUCAACUUGUUUUCCACCACUCGAGACCAAAGCAGAAAUAAUCGACAGGAAAGCUGUUGAAGCAUCUGUGCUGUUUUAGAUGUUCUGUUUCUGACUUGUUGGCAUCAUGUAUAAACCUACUGAGUCUCCAUCUAUAACUGUCUCAUCUCUUCCGUUAGUUUUCUAUCUGGCCUGUCAUAUUUACCUGUGAAUGCAUUAAUGUUUUUGUCAUGUUAAUGCAAUCACGAGUCUUGAGUUGAAUGCUGUGGUCACCACUCGUGGUUUUUCCAGAUUAAAAUGAUUGCCUGAAA